AUCAUCUACCAAACAACCAACGACCUCUAAGGUUAUACCCUUUCUUUUGCCACUUCUCGUGAAGCAUUCCCACGCAUAGAAAACACAAACAAACUUGUAAAACUUUCCUGUCUAUAUUUAGUGCAUGGUACUAAUUAAGAAACCAAGCAUGAAGAGUACUGGAUUUUGGACAGUUUUGCAUUUUAUUUGCUAGGUCUCGGAAGCAGCAGCAAAAUGAAUAGAAAGCCAACUUCUGGCGCUGGUUCUCUUGGGACCCAUUUUGUAGAUAUCCCUGAAGGCUUGCCAGAAGAAGAAGAUGACGAAGAAGAAGAGAAGGAAAUCACCCGAAAGGCAGAUAAAGCAGAUAAGCGUCUAAACAGAAUUACCAAAGUCAGAGAAACAAGGAGACCACCUAGGAGUUUAAACAGGCAAGUGUCGCUGGAGACGGGGUUUGCAGUACUCAAUAGGGAGUCUAAGGAAAAAGAUGAGAGGAGUGUUCUUCCAAGAAGUGGAAGGAGUUUCGGAGGAUUUGAUUCGGCCAACAGGAUUGGUUUGGAAGGCCGUAAAGGAGACUUCAGCAUGUUCAAGACGAAAGCAAGUCUUAGUAAGCAGAAUUCUCUGUUGCCAUCAAGAAAAGAUCAAAGGGAGAUGGAGCCUCAUGAGAUGACUGAUGGCUCUGCUGGGCUUGAUGAAUCAGUUAAUAGAAGUGUUCCUGCUGGAAGAUACUUCGCUGCUCUCAGGGGACCUGAACUAGAUCAAGUCAAGGACUAUGAGGACAUUCUCCUCCCCAAAGAUGAGAAAUGGCCAUUUCUCCUCCGGUUCCCAAUCGGAUGCUUUGGUAUCUGUCUCGGUCUUAGCAGCCAAGCAGUCCUUUGGCGUGCCCUGGCAACAAGCCCUGCUACAAGAUUCCUCCACAUUACCCCAUACAUCAACCUUGGCCUCUGGCUAUUAGCAGUUGCAGUCUUAAUCUCUGUCUCCAUCACGUACAUACUCAAAUGCAUCUUCUACUUUGAAGCCGUCAAAAGAGAGUACUUCCACCCUGUUCGUGUUAACUUCUUCUUUGCCCCCUGGGUCGUCUGCAUGUUCCUGGCCCUUGGUGCACCUCCUACGCUAGCCCCUAAAAUCCUUCACCCAGCAAUAUGGUGCACCUUCAUGGGUCCCUAUUUUUUCCUGGAGCUCAAGAUCUACGGCCAGUGGCUUUCUGGAGGGAAGAGACGUCUUUGUAAGGUGGCUAAUCCCUCUUCUCAUCUCUCGGUGGUUGGCAACUUCGUGGGUGCUAUCUUAGCUUCUAAAGUUGGGUGGAAUGAGGCGGCCAAGUUCUUGUGGGCCGUAGGAUUUGCACAUUAUCUUGUGGUGUUUGUGACUUUGUACCAGAGAUUGCCAACCAGUGAAGCCUUGCCCAAGGAACUACACCCUGUUUACUCCAUGUUUAUUGCUGCUCCAUCUGCGGCAAGCCUUGCUUGGCAAACAAUCUAUGACGAGUUUGACGGGUUGUCAAGGACGUGCUACUUCAUCGCAUUGUUUCUUUAUAUCUCCCUGGUUGUAAGAAUAAACUUUUUCACGGGUUUUAGGUUUUCCGUGGCAUGGUGGUCUUACACCUUCCCCAUGACAACUGCAUCAGUGGCAACCAUCAAGUACGCAGAGCAGGUCCCUUCGGUUAUAAGCAAGGGCCUUGCGCUUACCCUCUCUUUCAUGUCAUCAGCAAUGGUGUCUAUGCUGUUCAUUUCUACACUCCUCCAUGCCUUUGUUUGGCGCACUUUGUUUCCAAAUGAUCUCGCCAUCGCCAUCACAAAGAGACGACUUAUCAAAGAGAAGAAACCCUUCAAAAGAGGCUAUGAUAUUAAGCGAUGGACAAAGCAGGCCCUAACCAAGCACAACUCAGUUGACAAGGAUUCUCAGAAUGUGUAGUACUGACAGUAUACGGUCAGAAGCUCCAGUCGCCAUUCCUGCAUCGCACGGAGUUUCCGGACCAUGAGAUCAAGCCCUCCUAUAUGCCAAGCUUCUAGGAUUUGAAUUUUAGCCUUAUUGCGAAAUGAGCAAGCAUCCUACUUAUACGUAGAUUCAGCGAAAGGACUGAUGCAGAAAAUUAGUUUGGAAUAAGAUAAUUGCUGUCUAUCU